AUGUCAAUUAGCGUUGAAUACCAAUUUAGGACAUUUAAACCUACUAUUACUCCAGGAUCCACAUUAAAUGAUGUCUUAAGACAAACUUUGAACCAUUUCAAAUUGUCAUCCUCGAUCAAAGGAGACCAAGAGGAAUGGGCUUUAUCAACACAACAACAGAAAGAUAACGUUAAACCUUUGGAUUUGAAUAUUCCCUUGAGAUAUUUAAAUUUGCCACAAGGUUGUAAACUACUUUUACAUAAGGUUGAAAAACCAUCAACAAAGAAUGGUGAUUAUAACACUUUUUUCAAGUUGAAAUUUCAAAUCAUAACAACUAGCAUUGGUGGUGGUGCCAAUAAUUCUACUAAAACCAAAAUUUUAAAGACAAAUAAAAAUGAAAAAGUUUUAGAUGUUUUAAUAAAACAUAUAGAUAAUGAUCUAUUGCACAAGGAAAAUUUUAAAUUGCAAGUUUUCAACAAAGUAUUUGAAAAGAAUGAUAUAACUAAUAUGACUACUUUUGAAGAUAUCAAUGUUAUGGAAGAUAUGAUGAUUCGUUUGUCUAUUAUUGGGAAAGAUAAUAAAACUGAGGACACGACAAUCAACGCCACCACUAAUAAUAUCAGGGACCCAACACCCAAUGCUACUACUAAUACUAUAGACAAUAAGCAUAAUAAAAUAGAAAAAAAACAUGUUGUACAGGAAAAGGGCAAGGAAGAAAAAAAUAUGGUACAAUUGCAUCAACCUGUUUUGUAUGAACCUUCUGAACAUCCGCAAGUUGAAAUUUCAAAAAUUAUUGAGGAAAAUGAUAAUGCAAUGGACUAUACUUUGGAUGUGGACGAUGUUAAAAAAUACCAAAAAAUGCUAAACAAGAUGGCUAACAGUAAUAGAACUUCCCAUGAUUUAAAGAACUCAGUAAAAAAAAUCACCACUUGCGAAGUUAGAGUUAGAUUUCCUGAUAGAUCAUUCUUAAGUUCUUUUUUUAAACCGGAUGAAAGUGCACAUGAAUUAUAUGAAUUUGUACGUAAAACUUUAUUAUCUUUUGAAUUAGAAUUUGAAUUGUAUUUAUCGCAUCCAUAUACAAAGAUCCCUGAUGAUUUUAACUUGAAAUUAGUUGACGAUUUGAAAUUUGAAUCCAAAACCAUGGUUGUUUUAUUAUCUAAGUCAUCAGGGCCCUAUUUUAAAUCUGAUAUUGAAGUUAAAUCCUUGAAUAUUCAAGAUAAUAAUAAUGGUUACUCAAAGCAUGAAGAUACAAAAACCUCUAAUGUGCCUUUACUUGGAAAAAAUGCGCAACAUGCCGAACCAAUUAUUGGCGAUACUAAGGAGCCUAACAACAACAACAACAACAACAAUAAUAAUAAGAAGGAUAUUGCUAAGAAUAAACAUGAUAUACAAAAAAAAAUGUCAAAAUUUUUAAGAUUAAGCAAAAAAUAA